AAACAAUAGAACAUUAUAAUCGCCAUGAUUGAUUUUAAUGAUGAUAUUUCGCAAAAAAAUUAUGAGAAAGUGUUAGAAGCUCUUAAUGCUUGCAAUAUUAGUGAAACCGAUGUCGCAGCCUUUAGACGGGAAGUUUCCAACUUGUUGCAGACAUUCUUUACCUGUUAUGAGUCGAAGGAAGAACCUUUGAAUCGCAUUGCCAUCAAAUGCUUAAUUAUGCUUAAGCGGUUCAGUGCUCGUGGGGAAAUGUUUCAAAAUGCCAUAGUUUCACGUGAGAAUUUUCUUGAACGUAUUCGUGAUAUAUUGAAAAAUGAAAAUGGCAUUAUUCCUGAAAAUGUGCUUAUAAACUGCUUUGAACUGCUGGCCAACCUUUGCGUGCAGAAUAAGUCUAACCAGGAGAGGAUUAUAACUUACAUGCAAACGUUUCUACUGAACAAUGUUUCUUCCAAUGGAAUGUAUUCCAACGCGUCAGCAAUGAUUUUAUACAACGGGUUUAUCUACAAAUCCGUUAAUCUACCAGUUCACGAAAUACUCAACAGACUCUUGGAUAAUGUUGAAGCGAACAGUGAAGCUAAAACAGACUUACCAGACCAUGUUUGUAUAAUGUUGGAGUACCUCAUUACCGAGAGUAAUGAGGUAGUACGAGGGUUGGAAAAGAUUGAAUUCGGUAAAAAACUGCUGCUGUUCCGGUAUCUUAUCGAGUACAUGCGACAAGAGGAUCGACGCAUUCAUCCCAUUCAUCCGGAUAUCUUCAAGCAUUUGUUGGAAGAGUUUAAAAAAAAAUCUGAUCUGAUUCUCAAGACUGAUAAUAUUCAGCUUAAUCUACAAGAUACGGAGGAAGCGUACACAUUGCUUGUUUUGAUUGCUGACUCAACUUGUGUGGAACCAUAUGCCUCUUUUCUACGCCACGACGCAUCAUUGUUUUUAAAUUUCGGAUGUCUUUUGCGUCAGAUGCAGUUGCUAGGGAAGUCUGAAUCAAAAAACAUGUUUACUCCGGUGCAGCAUAUUGAAGAAAUUUUGCGUAUCAAAAAAGGCGAAAGUGAUUUAGAUAUUGAAGGACAGAUUUCUUACUCCUUGCGAUCUUCAGUUGUUAAGGCGCUGGCCAAUUUGGCAUAUAAAUCGAAAAAGAAUCAGAAACAGGCUCGUGAAAUGGAUAUUAUUGCAGCUAUACUCGAAUGCACGAAUUUAGAUGCCCGCAAUCCACUUAUCAAAGAAUGGAGCAUUCUGGCAAUCCACAAUCUAUGCGAUAACAAUCCCGAAAAUCAGGAAUAUAUUGCCGGGCUUAAAAAGCUAGGGGAUGCUGAAAACUCGCUGCUCACGGAGUAUAAACCGGGGACAAUUCGAAUUUCCGAUAAAAAACCGGAUGCUGGCUACAAGAAAUCAUAAAUGACGUUUUGUUUUUCAAUAUUUUAUUUUAUUCCGUACUUCAAAUGACUAGAACUGGAAGGAACGCUUUGCUAGGGAACUGUUCAAAGAACAGUUUGGGGUUUGGUUUACUGAUUGCCUUUGGUUGAAUCCUAGAAAUCAAAAGAAUUUGUAAGCGUAGUUAAAUAACCAUGUUCAAUAGAAUUCAAUUUUUUACAACAUACUGUAGUUCUGGAAUUGUUGAUAGUGUUACAUUAACGACAUCUAAUGAAAUUUCAGUGGGGCGAAUGGAACCAAA